AUGGCUAGGGUUUCAUCCCUCGCUGCCAGAGGAGAAAGAUGGAGGACGCAGCUGCUUGGGGUGCGCUGGGGUGCUCCAAGACCUCUCCUCGUCGACGCAGGCAACCAGGAGGUGGCGCACGAUGCACCAGGGAGCUCCACGCAGCUGCUUCCGGGAACACCUUCUGCCUGUAUCUCUGAACCAAAUGGCACUGUUGAAGGGAGCUUUGAUCAAAGGUUUGAAGCACUGAUUAGUAUCGGGGAGUGUGUCAGUGACGAUGAGCUCACUCUACUCUUGAAGAAGAAAACCGUUCCCAUCUGCUAUGUUUGGUGUGACCCCUCCCCAUGGAUGCAACUAACCCAGGCAAUGUCAAUGACAAUCAAUGUCAAUAAGAUGGUUAAAGCUGGCUUAAAAGUUAAAAUAUUGAUGGCAGAUUGGUUUGCACAAAUGGACCCUAGGUUUGGUGGCAGUAUAAGUAAAAUGCAGACUAUUGGAUGGUACAAUAUUGAGAUGUGGAAAGCAUCUGGCAUGGACCUUGAUGGGGUAGAGUUCGUGCAGUUGUCAGAAGAAAUAGGUCGCCAUGCAGAUCUGUACUGGCCAGUUGCCAUGGAUAUUGCAAGGCAAAGCAAUCUGAGUGAAAUAAAGAAGUGUUUUGAUUUUCAUGCAUCAAAAGAUUUAAGGGGCUGUGGGACUAUGGAUCCAUAUAUGAUGAGAGAACCUACUCCUGCUGAGAUACUAUUUCCUUGCUUGCAGAGUGCUGUUAUGUUAUUUCCAGAGGUCUUCCAUAUUUCAGCAGCUGUGUACAACCCCUCCACGGAACGCCCAAUGGACGGCACCACCGAGUUCAACAGCCACCCAAUAAGCAGAGAGUUGAUGGUGGACUUAUGGCUGUUGAGCAUGGAUCAGCAUGGGGCUAACAUGUUAGCAAGAGAAUACUGCAACCUCAUGCAAUCGAAAAACACACCAAUUGCUUUAUUCCAUUAUAAGGCACCUGAUUUUUUACCAUACCCAGAAUGGGAGGAGUGGGAGAAUGUAAGAUGGUCCAUCUUCAUGGAAGAUGAUGAGGAAGAUGUCAGUAGAAAAAUAGAUAAUGCUUUGUGCCCUGAAAAAUUUGCAGAAGGCAAUCCGUGUUCAGAGUACAUAAAGUAUAUAAUCUUACCUUGGUUUGGAAAGUUUGAGGUGCUUCGGAAGGAAGAGAAUGGUGGCAACAUAAUCUUCUUGAGCAUGGAAGAGUUUGUUGCUGAUUAUGAAAGUGGCGCUCUGCAUCCUGCUGACGUGAAGCAGGCACUUGUGAAAGCAGUAAACAUGCUAUUGCAGGUUGUUCGUGACCGCUUCAGAAGCAAUGCUGAACCAAUAAAACUAGCAAAAGCUAUAGAGGACCUCCACCUUCCAGAGGCCUUCUGCAGCCUCUCUUCACUCUUCGUCGCCUCCAGCACGCUCGCCAUCGACCUAGGCCUCGUCUGGAAUGGGCCAUGGCGGUGGUUCGACGAGUCGAUGCUGGAUUGCUGCGAGACCCUCAGCAAGGUCAAGUCUGAGGCCUUCGGCAAGGUCGUUUGCCUCUGCAUUGUGUCGGCGCAAGGGUAG